GCCCAAACCAGAGAUUGAUAAAAUCGCGUUACUCCACAUGGUCUGGGGAAGGGAUCAAAAUAUAAAUUGCACAAUGACCAUACCUUAUUCUCAAAAUUUUACGCUUCAAUGGAAAGCCCCAGAAUCAGUCCAUCAUCAGCGGCUAAUCACAACACAGUCCACAACGGAUACAGCAGAUCCUAUGUAUACAUCUUAUAUUUCCAAGCUGACAAUUAAGAAUGUGACGGAAAAUGAUGGCGGUAGCUACACUUGUUUCGUACAAGAAUUUCCCGAUGAUGAUGAAGCAGCAGACACGUGUGAUAUUAAGUUUUGGGAUCCGAACCACUUUUUUGUCGACGUAAGCAUGGUUGAAGGUGACGAUGAUCGAUCAAUUGUAGGAAAAGAGGGAGAGACUUAUAGAUGGAAUAUUAAAGUUGACGCAUAUCCCGAAUACUCGCUGCACUGGUACAAGAUCGAUCAUCAAGAACUUAAGGAAAUCAAUUUCAACAAUAACAGCAAAUACUCGGUCAGCGACACCUUUCGGCCCGACGGAGGGCAAAACCACCUUUUUAAAAUACAUAACUCGGACGUGUACGAUAAUGGCGAAUAUGUCAUUUGCGUGAGAACGAAAUAUAACACGAGUGACCUGAAUCUUAACUUGACAAUUAAUGUACAACCAAUUCCCAAAAUCACUCCUAACGUAGAGUACGUUGCACCGGGCCAGUCGAUGAAUUUUUUCUGCACAACAGUCGGUCAUCCGUUAGCAAACGUGACAUGGAGGUAUAUGGAACAGCCUAACUAUCCAUCAUUGGAUGGAAAUAGAUCUGUAACUCUUUCGGAUUAUAAGGAACUUCCAAACAUCAAUGCGGUAACCUCGGAGUCACAAUUGAACAUAAAGAUUAACUACACAGGACAUCUAAUAUGCAGAAGCUGCAACUAUAUAAACUGUGUUGAAGUUUCCAAGUUGAUCUACGUUUCUGAUGUCAAUGCGUCGUUUGCUAUAAAACCUCUCGAAUCCGUCGUUGAAGGUGAUAACAUCAAUAUCACGUGUGGUGCUUCAGUUUAUCUUAAUUUUAGUAGCGAUGAGAUUCUUAAAUGGAACGUUAAUCGUUCGGAUCUUGAAACAGAAAGAAUGAGAGUUUUGAAAGAGAAAACAAAAUUUACGCAUCUUUCAAUACUUCAAAUAAGCAACGUGACUCGAUCGGACGAUGGGAUUUACAUUUGUGAUGUUCUCGACAAGAGUAAGGGCUUCAAACCCCAGGCGUAUAACUUGUCGGUGGCGGCUGGGCGUAAACCAAAAAUAUACGAAUGGAAUAUGAAUACUUCUCAGUUAGUAAUUGACACGGAUAAAAAACGAAAAGACGGUGUGACUCUCAAAUGCUUAAGUGACGGAAUGCCAAAACCAGAAACCACCUGGUUGAAGAAUAACAAACCACUGCCAGAAGCCCGUAGUUACCACAUUUCGAAGAGCAAAUCUGAGUUCCGCAUAUAUUCGUUUAUCGAGCAAGAUAGUGGACUAUACACGUGUCAAAUGGUGAAUCGUUUUGGGAUUGAUCAAAGAUCCGUGGAUAUUGUAGUUCGAGGGCAAAGUUACACACUUUGGAUUAGUUUGAUCGGCGUGCUUCUCAUAAUCAUUGCCUUAAUUGUUAUUUAUUUGGUAAUUGACGUGACUCGUCAGAGGCGCUUGAAAAGAGAGCUCCACGCGGCAGGAUUGACCCAUUUUGCGGAAGGGGCGAUCGAAUGUCUGAACCCCGAUUUGAACAUCGAUGAUCAAGCCGAGUUAUUACCUUACGAUAAGAAAUGGGAAUUUCCCUGGGAACGCUUGAAACUCGGCAAGCAACUGGGAAGUGGUGCAUUCGGUGUGGUUAUGAAAGCCGAGGCACAAGGAAUUUGUGCCGAAGGAGAAGUGACCACCGUUGCUGUGAAAAUGGUUCGACGAUCUGCAGAUCCAAGUUACAUGAAAGCCCUUGCCAGCGAACUCAAGAUCAUGGCGCACCUCGGUCAACAUUUGAACGUCGUUAACCUUCUUGGAGCUUGCACUAAAAACCUUAUCACCAAGCGUGAACUAUACGUAAUUGUGGAGUACUGCCGCUUCGGAAAUUUGCAUAACUAUUUGCAGCGUCACAGAGAUAGUUUUAUUAACCAGAUUGAUCCUUCUACUAAAAAAAUCGAUGCAAGCAUCGGUAUAGAACUUUUAGCUAGACGUGAUAGUGUCAUUGAACAGAAAAGACGGCCGUCAAGAACAUUUUCUCGCAGUGUCAGCGUCAGAUCAACUGAAACCAAUAGUGGAGCUGAACUGAUAGACUACCAUGAAAACACGGAUUUCGCAGAUAUAAACAUGUCUCCAGACGGUGGUAUUUUGAGUAACAAUUCUGUACAGCCCGGGUGGCGAUCCAAUUAUCGAGGUGAUUACAAGGAUCAGAACUUGAAACCGAUUUGCACCCACGACUUACUCUGUUGGGCGUGGCAGGUUUCACGGGGCAUGGAAUAUCUCAGUCGUAGAAACGUUUUACACGGUGAUUUAGCGGCAAGAAAUAUUCUGCUCACAGACGAUAAUUUAGUGAAAAUCUGCGACUUUGGAUUAGCUAAAAAUAUGUACAAGGAUGAUAAUUAUCAAAAGAAGGGGGACAGUCCUCUGCCGAUUAAAUGGAUGGCCAUUGAAUCGAUCAGAGAUAGAUUAUUUUCAACGCAAUCGGAUAUCUGGUCCUUUGGGAUAGUUUUAUGGGAGUUUUUUACGCUAGCACAGACGCCGUAUCCCGGGAUGGAUGCUGAAAAACAGUAUCACAGACUUAUCGAAGGGUAUCGCAUGGAUAAACCAGAAUAUGCAACCAGUGAGAUAUACGAUUUUAUGCAAGAAUGCUGGAACGCCAAGCCGUCUUUGCGUCCUACGUUUUCCGAGCUCGUGAACAAGCUUGGUGAUCUGUUGAAUGAAAGUAUUAGAAUGCAUUACAGCGAGCAGGACGAUGUUUAUAUUGAGAUGAACAAAAGAAAUCUGAAAGAUGGCCAAAGCGAUUACCUGACUAUGAUGUCUCCGUCAAAUCGAGACGGUCACGAUUUAGCUGUUCAAAUGAUGGAGCCACCGCCAAGUUCGGAUUAUCUGCCCAUGAGCCCAAUAAAGACCACCAAAGACCCUGACAUUUUCAGUCCGCGUACAAAAGACUGUGAAACUCACUUUGAUUUUCCUCCUACCAGCAACACGGCUCCGAUUAAUUCGAAUUCGGAAGAUUCUACUGAGUCGACUCCAACCCAGUUAAGCGAAAAUUCGAGGGAAGCGAAGACGGGAGAAGAUCCACAAGAAAAGAGAGCUGAAUCAGGGAAGAAAGAACUGGAAAAUAGUAUAAUCGCAACGGACGCGAAUUACUGUAAUGUCGUCAACAAUCGACCUGUAUCGAUCCCGAAGAAUCACUUCCAAGAUGAAGUGAAAGACUCUUAUACAAAUUUAAUGCAAUCAAACAUAGGAAAUAAUUACAUUAACUUCUCAGCUCAAUUAACCAAUCCAGACCAUCGUGUUAAUAUAUCACAACAAAAAAAUAAUGAAGCGAAAAAUGUGUUCGACAGUUUUAGUAACCCAAGCUAUAUAUCUAUACCUCAGCCGUGAGGAGGUGAGCAAUUUGCACGGUGAACUAGAAAAGUCUUUCUAAUAUACAUUUUAUCGCCAAAUUCUUAUAUAUAUAUUUUACAUUUUACUUUUUUUAUUAUAAGUUGGUAUAAAAAAUCGAAACAGAAAUCUUUAAAAGAUUUUAUUGUAUAUCAUAUUUUCUUAAACUUAAAGGAAUAGCUAAGUACAUGAAAUUGUACUAACAUUCAUUCAAUCAUUCACUCUUCCAUC